AAAGGAUUGUAUAGCUUGAGUCGUCGAGCGAAACAGCUAGCAAGGAAUUCCGCAAGCAAGGAUGAGUAAGCCGGCUGCGGCCCUAGUGAUGUUGCUGGCGCUCGUCGCCGCCGGGCCGGCGGCGGGCGACGGGGGGAGCACCAGACUCGGCUGCUUCGUGGGUUGGUCCCCGCUCAAAACCGUGUCCUCCCUGCUCUGCCUGCUCCAGGGCUCCAGCACUUUUCCGAGCCCGAAGCCUGCGCCCACGGGGCAGGGCCUGAGCGUCGGUUACUACAACAAAAGCGGCAGCUGCCCUAAAGCGGAGCAGCUCGUGAGGGAAGCCGUGACGAGUGCCACCAACGGCGCAAACCGUGGCCUUAACGCGGGCCUCAUCCGUCUCCACUUCCACGACGCCUUCGUUCGGGGCUGCGAUGCUUCCGUUCUCCUGGACAAGACCGCGUCGAACAACACCGACACGGAGAAGACAGGCCCACCCAACAAGGACAGCCUGCGCGGCUUCGAAGUGAUCGACGCGGCCAAGGCGGCGGUGGAGAAAGAGUGCCCCGGCAUCGUCUCGUGCGCCGACAUCCUGGCCUUCGCCGCGCGCGACGCGUCCUACAUCCUCAGCAACGAGAAGAUCUACUACGAGGUGCCGGCCGGCCGCUACGACGGGCGCGAGUCCUUCGCCGACGAGACCGACCAGCUGCCCGGGCCGGGCUCCAGCGUCCAGGACCUCAAGAAGAGCUUCGCCGCCCAGGGGCUCAGCCUAGCGGACGCCGUCACGCUGUCGGGCGCGCACAGCAUCGGCCUCGCCCGCUGCCUCUUCUUCAAAGACCGCCUGUCGGCCAUGGACCCCGGAUACGCUGCCACGCUGAAUGCCACCUGCAACGCUGGCGGGGACAGCUACAAGGUGAACCAGGACUACAAGAGCCCCGACGUCCUGGACAACCAGUACUACAAGAACAUCGACAAGUUCGUGCUCUUCGCGUCGGACGCUGCGCUCAAGUCCAGCGAGACGAUUGACCAGGUGAAUGCCAACGCCGGCGGUUAUGGCAAGUGGGAGAAAGACUUCGGGGACGCCAUGGUGAAGAUGGGCAAGAUCGGGGUCAUCACCAGCCCCGGCUACGGUGCCGAGAUCAGGAAGGUGUGCUCGCAGAUCAACUACUAGCUCUAGACUCCUCCCGCGGUAAUUAUUGGCUGCGUCUACCUACUAUAAUCGACCUUAAUGUGGCUUUAAUUUAUUGAGUUCCUCUCAUAAUGUAACCGCGUGUGUUCAUUAUUUUAUUGUUCUACUAUUUAUCAUAUACUACAUAUAUAACUCUUUUUACGCUAAAUCUAUAUUAAUAUAAGUACGUAUGCGACC